AUGUACUUCUGCAAUCACUUAGAAGAUUAUUCAAAGCUUAGAAGUAAAUCCGUUCAAGUAAAAAAUGCCCUUAUACUGGAAUCUUCUACCGCAACUGUAAAAUCGAAAUCAAAAAAUAUGAAAACCCUUAUGAUAGCCUUCUUUGUUAAUAUUAUAUCUUUAACCUUUUUAUUCUGGACACACCGCUUUUCCUUUGACUGCAAGGAUAUUAAUAAAUACUCUACCUAUUGUAAAAACACAUUUAAUGGUAAAGGAACACAUAUAAUAUAUAAGAGAAGUAUAGCCGAAUAUUACAUUGACAGUGCACCUGAAGAAAUACAGGAAAAUUCAUUAGAACAACAAGAUGAAUCCGAAAACACCUUGGAAUUUUAUAAUUCUAAUUAUUCACUUGAAGAAAAUGAUAUUGAUGACAGUGAAACAUUAGAAGAACUUAUUGAAAAUAGCAAAAAAGAGUUUGAUAACAUGAUGGCAGAUAUUGCAAAUCGAUAUGAAGAAUUUACGGAUCAUAUGAAUCAUUAUUGGUGCGAUAAAAUGUGGAAAACGAGGUGGUGUAAAUAUGCAGAGGGUCUAUAUUCUUCUAUAACAAAAAAUCUUUAUGAUUCAACCCUCAUUUUAGAUGAAAAAAAGAAACUUAUCAAAAUUAUGAUGGAGUGGUGUGAAAGUGAUUUUAAGCUUUUCUUAAAAAUGAUUAAGGAAGAAUGGGAUUUGAGAGAUGACCCAGAGCAUUAUUUAGAAAGGUAA